ACAGGGCCUAGAAUAGUUAAGUGAAUGGAAUACACUCAGAUAGCUGUGCGGUGCGGUGGCAUAGAGUCUCAUGCCGACAGGAGUGGAAGGAUUGGCAUACUAUCUUGUGAAAUAAAUGGAAAAGGAAUUGUAACGCGCGACUGCAUCGAUGCCACUUAAAAGGAAAUUACUGUAUCAAUAAUUAAAGAAUAAAUUCUGGAAGUUCCUAUGAACAUCUAGACUUGAUUAUUUCAAUACCGUAUUUUAUAUAACUCGGGGCUAACAGUGCGCUGACUCAAGAACCUAGGAUGGCAAUUCUACACAGUAUAAGGUUUUGCUGGUAGAUUUAUAGUGCCGUUUCAUUGUGAACCCACCAUUCCAGGAUAUUAUUUUUGAGGAAAACUGAAGAUUUUUUAGGAAUAAAUUUUGUAAAUACUUGAACUGGAGCUUUAUACUAAUGAAUAGACACUUAAAAGAAACUAGUGGUCUUCAGAACUUAUGAAUUGUCAACGGUAAUCCGGUACAAUGAUAUAAUUACAUUAUUUCGUCUUGUUUAAUCGUUUAAUCACCAGAGGUAAUAUUUCGACCGGAAAAUUUUAAACAGGAUCGCAAAAAGUGAAUGUUUUAUAGCAGGGCAAUUUUUUACUUCAUGUCAUGAUAUUCACAAUUCACACUGUAAAAGUUUUACUUAUCUGUUAUAUUUACUUCUUUAAUUAAGCACGUGCUGUUGGCCAAGGAAAAACAAAUAUAUGGAUGAACUAAUAUCAAAAGGAGAAAUUCAAUGCGGAAUAUUAAUUUCUCUGAAGAAUCGGAUAUGACGGAUAUAUAUUUGUCUCACAACCAAUCACUAUUUGUUAACAAUACCUACACUACUUUAUCAGGGACCUUAAAUGGUAUCUACGGAUUAAAUAAAUCAAUCGAACAAGGGACUUUUGGUGAACAUGAGAUUUCAUCAGGAAAUAUAGUGACAGGAGUAGUUUUAUUCUUUAUUGCUGCCCUUACAGUUACCGGAAAUAUAAUGGUAUUCGCUGCUGUUAUAUUCAACAAGAAAUUACGGUCAGUUUCAAACUUAUUCAUUAUGUCUCUUAGCAUGGCGGAUUUGUUGUUAGCGACUGUGGUGAUGAUUCCUGCAACACUUAACGAAAUAUUUGGACGCUGGAUACUGGCAAGCGGAUUCUGUGUUGUUUGGGCGGGCUUCGAUGUCAUGCUCUGUAGUGCGUCGGUGUUAAACGUGUGCCUGAUAAGCCUUGAUCGAUACAUUGCUGUGAUGUCACCUCUACGUUACAAGGUCAUCGUGACCAACCGACGUGCAUUUGCUAUGAUAGCUGUUGCUUGGGCAAUAGCGAUUUGUGCGUCUUUCAUUCCCUUGGGGACAGGUAUUCACAAUCCUGAUUUACCAACUCUGACUGACCUAACCUUUCUUACGGAAACACCUCAAUGUCUUUUCAUUCCAAGUUUAACAUUUGUGCUAAUAGCAUCAACUGUGACUUUAUGGCUGCCGAUAAUUGUUGCAUUCGGUUUAUAUUACCGGGUAUCUAAGGAAGCGAAACGUCAAGCACGUUUCGUAGGAGUCCUUAUUGCACCUAGCAACAUGCUCCUAGGUGCAAAAGUAGCAAACAAACAUAUCAGAGAACCUUUCACCAGAAAAGCUACAAUAACCCUCGGAAUAAUUGUGGGUGCAUACGUUGUGACAUGGGCUCCAUUUUUGAUUACAAAUAUAUUAGAAGCCUUAUGUACUUGCGUUCAUGCCAAACUGUUUAGUGCUUUUGUGUGGCUAGGGUAUUGUAACAGCCUCAUAAACCCCAUCAUUUACCCUUUGUUCAUGCGUGACUUUCGGAACGUGUAUUCAACAGCGCUGUUAAAUGUAUGCCCUUGCUUGACAUUUCUUAAAAAACACAAACGUGACAGAGUCUUUUUUCAGAGCUCUAUGGAUUUUGCAAAGCGUUCGUCGGGACCCAUAGAGGAUACAGUAUAAAUUACCAGCGGAUCAAAUCUUUCGUGCCAUUAAAGCCAUACAUAUUUUAUGUGACACACGUACAUAAUAGGAUACUGAGCAUUUGUAAUGUGUCAUUGACAGUUAAGAUUUCGUAUCAAUUUGUCUAAUCAUUAUUCCAGCCGGAAAUUAAA